AUGGAGGACUGGAACGUCGAACCGCCCGAGAUGACUCACAAAGACUACGCGCCGGACUGCUCAUCGAGAGCGGCGGAAGGGUUUUACGUGGGGGCGUUGUACGGGGCAGUCUGGGGAGUCAUUGGGCGCGCGGCACACGCACCCACUUUACCGUCGACACCUGCGAUGGGGGAAUUGAAGCCCCCGUCAGGGCUUCAGGCGCAGCCUGCCCCUGGGCUCGAGACUAGAGGGGUUUCCAGGCAGGUUCGGGCGUUCGGGAGGGGGGCAGCGGGGUACGGGAUCGCCGCAGCGUCAACGGCGGGUGUGUUUGGUGUGUUCGUCGGCAUGGUGAACGCGGGGACCUGCGGCUGCGAGCGUUUGAGAGGAAAGAAGGACUGGUUCAACAACGCCUUCGGCGGAGCGGCGGCAGGGUUGAGCGUCGCGCUCCUCUCGAGACAUACCCGCACGCCGCAAAUGCUGGCGGCCCAUGUGGCAGGGGCAGCCGCGAUAACGUCCGUGGUUGCUAAAUAUCAAAACUGGUUCGCCAAUCGGUAGUUGAAGACACUAGUGCCGAUUCGAAGCCUCGUUUCUUGUCGUGUUGUCGAUACAGGCUUUUCUUUGCGUAGAAAGUAUACAUUACAACACAGAAACACUUCUUAUCCGUUCGAGAUAGAACAAUAGUCGAAAGGGAUGCGCUGAACAGUUUUCAGUGAGUGGGUUUUUUGUCCCUCCGACGACGGUGCUUCUAUUGUUCUUUCUUUUCCUCUUUUUGGGUUACUUGUGGUAUUUUUGCGUCUUGAUAUCUUGCUGCAUUCCUAUUUUUUUUUUGCGGUAGCCCUGGUCUGUUCCUUUCCGUGCCUCCUUUUUUACUGAGACGACGGUCUUGCGACCCAUGGAGCGGGAAGAAGUGAGGGAGGGUGAAUUGUUGUAGUUUGGAGCUCCGCAUCCUCGAUCCUCUCAAUUUGGGACCCGACAAUAUUAUUUAUUGUCACGUCCCGGGAGUUUAAAUAUCUGCGUAUGAGAACCUCCAGGGCGGGCUAGCGCUACGGGAUUUGGGUGCAGACGUAUCAACGGUAUAUCGGGUAAAUACCCGCACAUAGAAGGUGCGGGAGAGGUAACUCCCGGUUGAAGGAUAAACCAGGGGACAGCACCUUUCAAACCCCUCUUGAGGGACUGGAUUCCCUGCCCCGUUUUUCCUACCUGAUAGCAAGGCACAGAAAGAACUGCUGUUCCAC